UAUUUGGUGGGUUAUUUGGUGGUGGUUGUUGCAUGCAGGCGGAUUGGAUGAGCCACCAGUGGCUUAUGGUCGACCUCCGCAUGUUCAGUACGUCUACCUCCCUUACUAUCAAGGACAAAUGACGUACACACGUGAGGAUCCUAUCUUGGGGGAUCAACAACAAUACAAAUACAUGUCCGGAGGAGAUGAUAUGAAAUCAUUCGGUGAUGACUCAAGGAUGGAUGUGACUAACGACGAAAAAAGCGAAUAUAGGCAUUCUAUGGCACCUUCUCAUAUAAGUGGAGAUGCUUUAAUAACAUCAACUCAAGUAAAAGAUUAUUAUGCGCCAAACGCUUAUUUACCAGAUAAUGUUGAUAUAAAUCGACAACCGAUUACCGUUGGUAACGAAUGGUCUACGCUAGAAAUUAUGCUGAAGCAACUGGGUCCGUACGAUCGACGAGGUUCCGGUUUGUGCAGAGAAAGCUUUCUGGUGUCAUUUUUGGUAGACGCGAGGGGUGGUGCGAUGAGAGGGUGUAGACACUCUGGGGUUAGAGUGAUCGUUCCACCUAGAUGUGCUGCAAGUCCAACCAGGAUUACCUGCCGAUACGUGCGACCCAAAAAGAUUCAACAUCCUCCACCUUUAAUGGAAGGUGAAGCUUUGGCAAGUCGAGUUUUGGAAUUAGGACCAGUUGGCGCUAAAUUUUUAGGGCCGGUUAUUUUGGAAGUACCCCAUUUCGCUUCUUUGAGAGGAAAACAACGCGAAAUCGUAGUCUUAAGAUCCGAAAAUGGGGAAACUUGGAAGGAACAUACUUUGGAGGCCAAUGAAGAAGCUGUUCAAGAUGUUUUGAAUCAUAGUUUUGAAGGAGAAGAGUUGAAUCAAAUCGAAGAUCUUCACACGAACAGAAUUACGAGAAUUUUAACGAACGAUUUCCCCCAUUAUUUCGCCGUUGUGUCAAGAGUACGACAAGACGUUUACGCAAUCGGACCGGAUGGUGGUACAGUUUCAAGUACAGCGGUUCCUCUGGUUCAAGCAGUUUUUCCACAAAACGCUUUAACCAAAAAAAUAAGGGUUGGAUUACAGGCACAAGCUAUCGAGUCCGAAACAGUUUCAAAACUUCUCGGUCACGGAGUCGCCGUUUCUCCAAUAGUAACGGUCGAACCAAGACGAAGAAAAUUCCACAAAGCGAUUACGUUGAGUUUACCAGCUCCUAAAGCACACACACAAGGGAUGAUAAACCAGUACUCAGGGUUUGCAUCAACUUUAAGACUUCUAUGUUCGAUUACAGGGAACAAAUCAGGCGGUCAAAAUAAAGCUGUUUGGGAAGAUGUAACCGGUUCAACGCCUUUAUCUUUCGUUAAAGAAUGCGUAUCUUUUACAACAACGGUGUCUGCCAGGUUUUGGUUAAUGGAUUGUAGAAAUUUUUCCGAUUCAGCUCGUAUGGCAACUGAAUUAUAUAAUCAGGCAACUCAUGUACCAUUUAUGGCAAAAUUUGUCAUAUUCGCAAAAAGAGUAAGUGGUUAUGAAGCAAGGGUGAGAGUAUUUUGUAUGACUGAUGAUAAAGAAGAUAAAACGUUGGAACAACAAGAACAAUUCACCGAAAUUGCAAAAAGCAAAGAUAUUGAAGUUUUGGAAGAUAAAGAUGUUUUUAUGGAGUUUGGUGGUAAUUUAGUUCCAGUUUUGCAAUCUGGCGAUCAACCAAAAUUGGGAUUUAAAGCUUUUAAAGAGAAUAGGGUUGCUUUUACAAUGAGACUAAGAGAUCCGGAUGAAGACCCAAAUGGAAGAAUAGUUUUCAUGAAUGAUCCGAAAGUAGCAAGAGGUGAACCAACUCAAACCCCAAUUUGUACGCUAAAUCUUUCACUGCCCAAAGAUGUUCUCCCAGAUAGAGACUCCCAAUCGGAUCUUUUAUCUUUGGAUAAAGACCAUAGUUAUUUACACCAUGGUGGAAUUAGUCACCCAGAAACGAUUCAUAGAGCAGAUUUCCGGUUAACUGAUAUUUGUAAUUUAUUAGAAAAAGAUUGGGAAUUAUUAGCUUCUGAAUUAGAUAUUCCACCAUCGGAUAUCGCUUUAAUUAAAGAGCAAUAUCCCGAAAAUAAUUCUCAACAAGCGAUGAUUAUGUUUAGGUUAUGGUUGAGGCAAAAAGCUAAUAAAGCAACAGGAAAUUCUUUAGAAUUAGCUUUACAUAAAAUCGGACGUUCCGAUAUCGUUGAUAAAUGUAUUUGCAACGUUGAAUUGGUCACUGAUGACAUGGAAAAAGCUUUAGCUAAAGUUAGAUUGGAUCAAUCCGGUUUUGAUAGUCUCAAGGACGAACUUGGUUCGUCAAGGGAUGCUUCGCUUAAACGAGAUGUUACUUUAAAAAUAUUUAAUCAAGACGAAAUUGAUAUUAGUGAUAAAAAUGAUAUAUCUGAUAGGGAUUUAACCGAUACAAUUAGCGAAUGUUUAACUUAUAAUCAAAAGAAAGAAAACGAAAUCAUCGAUUCAAAUUUGAACGAGGAUAUUCCUAAAAUUAAAACGGAAAUUUUAGAAGGGGUCGUGGAACAUUUUAAUAAAUUGGAUAUGAGUCCAAUUGCGAAAGAACGAGUUUCUAUGAAUACGCCUCCUCCAAGUCCAGCUGAUCUUAAGAUUGAAAACGCGCAAGUUUUUCAACAACAAGAAACCCAACCAUCAGUUAAUGGAGAACUAAAUCCUCCAACAUCAACAUCUACACCCACCAAACAUUUUAUUCCACAAGAAGAUGAAGUAAUUAAUGAAAUUAACGAGAAAAUCGUGGAAGUUGAAAUAAACGAAGAACCGAAAGCUUUAAUUUUAGAAGAAGAAAAAGUGAUUAUUCACCAGGAAAUCGAUCCGAUUGAAAAGCUUAAGCAAAACGUUAAUGAUACAUUAACAUUUUUACAUUCUGAAAGAAACGAUUUUCUUCCCGAUGAAGAUAUCAUCAUACCAAGUAGAAAAGAUGACCACGUCUCCCAAGAUAUUAAUUUAGAUAUGAUAAAGAAAUUGGAUAAAAAAUCCAAUUUACGUUUAGAUUUAGACGUUGAUAAUAAUGAAAUGAUAGUGAAUAACGUUAGAACGAUCGUUUUAAAUGAAAUUACGGAUGUUAUUAAAGAAUUAGAUGUUGACGAAGAAGAAUUGCGACAAGAAGUUGAGCCUCAAGUUAACGAAGUUAUUCGCGAAGCCGAAGAUGUUGUUAAUGAUUUAAAAACAACGGGGAAAGAUUAUAUUAUGUACAGCACGGAUACUUUAUCAAGCAAUGAAGACUUUGAUUUACCCCAAAAAAGUAACGAUUUAGAAGAGAAAAAUUGGGCUGAGAGAAACGCCAAUUGGAACGAAUCUACGUCAGAGCAAGUUACAGGUUCCUCAAAUAAUUGGACCCACACCCCAGAUGAAAAAAUUAAUUUUUGGACGGAAACUAUAGAACAACUCGAUGAGGAAAUUGAGAGUGUUGGUGAAGAUGUUAAAGAACAGCAACAAAAUGAACUGGAAAAACUUGCAAAUGUAUUGUUAGAGACGAAAAGUGAGUUGGAGGAAAUUAAAAAUCAAUUAAAAGAGCUUCCCGAAAAUGUUCAACCACAAAAAACGAAAGAUUCAUCUCAAAAUCUUUAUGAAAACAUACCUUUUAAUAUAAAAGAAGAAACAAAGAAUUUCGUUGAAAAAGAAAUGAAUUACGCCGAAGUAACCAAAAAAAAUUUAAGACCAACCGUAGAAAUACCAAAAAAAAUUGAAGAAACAUCCUUAAACGAUUCUUUAACGAAAGCCCAAGAAGAAGCAUUUAAAUUCUUAGAAACAGAAAUUUCGAGUCCUUUAACACCAUCCCCGAGAGACCCCCCAAAAUCAGUUUCAUUCACGCCCGAUUCCCCAUCAAAAUCAACCACCGUAACCACAAUCAUAACAGGUACCCCAAAAAGUAGCAUACCAAUCGCAAAACCUCGCCAAAGUAAAGAAUUCGUCGAAGAACGAGUAUCUUCACCAACCGAAAGCGAAAUAUUAAGUAAAAUUCCCGUUUGCGCCUCAAAUUCUAAAGGAAAAGUAAAAACGAUUAAAAAACAUUCUAAGGAUCCCCUAAAAGAAUUUGUUAAGUUAACUCAAGAUGUUAAUUGGGACGAAGAGAACGUUGUUAUUAAAAGUGCCGAUCCGAUUGUAAAAACAACCGUUACAAGGAUAAUUACGGAACAUUCGCCGAAUCAAGUUGAGAAAAUUAGUCAAUUUGAGAAAGAUAAAAGUAAAAUUCCUGUUUAUCAUACGGUGACUGAAACGAUUACGAGAGAAUGUAGUUCGGAAAAUAAUUCGACGGUUAAGGGUAAUAGUAAAAUUCCGGUGCUUGUUUCUGAAACUACGAAAAUUUUGAGUCCCGAAGAGAAAAUGUCGUUGAUUUCGUCUCAAAAGUUUCCGUCGGUGGAGUCUAGUUUAGUUUCUCCCGGUUCGGAUAAGACGAAAACUUCUAAAGGGAGUACAAUCGACUCGGAUUCGGAUACUGAUAGUAGACGCAGUCCGCCUCUUAAAGGUAUACUGAAGAAAAGUAGCAUUAGAACGGUCGGUAGUUCUAGUGGAUCAGAUAUAGCGCUUCAUGAAGGUGGGGCCGAGCUUAGUGACGAUGAUUCAGAAGAUUUCUACCAACACGAUCCGCAGUUUUAUGAAACAACCACAGAGGAAAUCGAUCCGAUAACAGGAGCAAGGACCACAAUUCGGACUGUAACACAUUCUUACACAAUAUCCCCGGAAACCAGGACUAUGCAAAACGUUCUGAAUCAUUUUAUGGCACAAGAAAGAAAUUUUCAAUAGGCUCUACGGAUACACAAACGGUUAUUGUAUAUAAAAUAAAAUUCAAGCCACGUUAAUUAUAGUUGUAAGGAUUUAAAACGAGAUGAAAUUUUAUGGUAACCUAUCUAACUGUCCCAGUAAAUCACGUAUUAAUUUAUUUUAUAUACUAUUUCCAAAAAAAAAAGUAAUUAAUAAUAAAGCUAUUUAAAAAUCGUAAAAUUUGACCAAUAGAAUUUGUUGAAACGUAACUCAAGAAAAGAGUUUAUAGUAAACAAUUAAUUAAAAAGAAAGUGUUUAUUAACGUCUUUCAUUCCGAUUAUUUCGUACAUUCUUCAUACAGAUUUUUUUUGUAGUGCCUUAUUUGUAUCUUUAUACGCUUUAUUUUUUUUUUUUUUGUUUUUAAUUAUUAUAUUAAGGUGCGAGCUUUAUCUUAAUCUAAUUUUCAUUGUACGCUAAACUAUGCUAAAUAAUCAAGUUGAAAAUGGUACUUGUUAUUACCUUCCCCUCCAUUGCAGUUAACGGGUUUGUGAGAUUUUAAUAAAAAAAAGUUGUAGGAAUUAAUUAUUAUAUUAUAUAUAUAUUUGAAAGAAAAGAGAGUAUAGAUUUAAUAUAUUACUAUGGAAAAAAAUUAAUAUAUGCAUAAACAAUAUUAAAAUACCCCUUAAAUUUAAAAAGAAAUGGUUAUUACGACCACUUUUUAUCGCUUGAUAUUAUCGGAUUACCUUAUUAUUAUUUUUUUUGAUGUUCUUUUUGAUGAUUAUACCGUACGGAUAGGACUAGAACCGCGGCUGCUUCUUACCGUUAUUAUUACUAUAAUUAAAUUGAUAGAGGUUAUUUUAAAAUGAAACAGUGAGAAAAAUAAAUGUGUGUAAAAUCUUGA